AUGGGUAGAAAGGGACCCAAAAAGAACUACUUUGUAGUAUGCCGAGGCAGAAUGACCGGAAUUCUCAAUGGAUGGGUUCAGUGUGAAAUUUCUACAUCCGGAUUCUCUGGUGCUAGUUACAGAGGUUAUGUGACUCACAGCGAGGCUCAAAAAGCAUGGAAUGAAUGGCUAGAAUCACAAGGCCUUGCGCCGACAGAAGGCCCACCGCACGAUACGCUAAAGAAUAAUCUUACAGACAUGUCUGGGAUCGUAAAUCAAGCCGCGACCGAUAGUCAGCCACAAGCUCAUAUAGGGAUGAAAAGAAAAUACGAAGAUAAAAGUUCUUCACCAGACGUCAAGACUGGUGUUUUAGCUGGAGAAGUAAAUACUCAGCAUGUGGCAAAUACAUUUAUUGACCUCACAGAAAGUCCGGAACGUAUGACUUCGAACACAGAUCUUCUCUUGCCCGAAGAAAAAAGUGAUCCAGUGCUAAAGAAGGCAAAAUGUGAUAACAAUCCAGCAUCAAAUCUUGAUAUUGAGAUUCCGGAUUCCGAGUUUGAGCUUUCUGAUGACGAUAUUUUCAACAACAUCGAGGCGACGCGUAGAAGCUUUCCCAUGUCUGUUGUCAAGCUUACAGCAGAGCAAAAUACUGUAGUUCAGAUGGCAAUGAGCAGAGAUAACAUAUUUCUUACAGGUGCCGCAGGAUCCGGCAAAACAGCUACGCUCUUACGAAUUAUAGAAAGCCUAAAGGAAAAGCUGGGGGAUGGCGACCCGGACAUGCCAAAAGUUCAGGUUGCUGCUCCCACUGGAUUGGCGGCACUGCCCUUGAAUGGAAGAACCACAUAUUCUGUUGCUGGAUGGAAACCAGAUUCGUUCAAACAGCCUCUUGAUAAACUUCUUCAUUAUAAGACCAUAAAGAAGAGAACAGUUAAAGCGCUUCGAAAACUUGAAGUUUUAAUCUUGGAAGAAAUCUCAAUGGUGGAGAGCCAAUUUCUUGAGCGCCUCAAUUUACUUUUUCAAACAGUAAAGCAAAACAAGAAACCUUUUGGAGGUAUUCAGGUAAUAUUUCUGGGAGAUUUCUAUCAGAUUCCUCCUGUGAAACCGUUCGAGCAUUGCAUGGUAUGUGGAGUUGAAAUGUCAGGCGUUUUUGACCGUACUUGUGAGAAUAGCCUAUGCAAGAGCUGCCAUAUCCCCUUUAAGCCAGGGGACAAAUGGGCAUUCAAUGCCCCCGUGUGGAGAAAGCUCAACUUUAGACACGUCAAGCUGGAGCAAAUUCAUCGUCAAAAGGAUGAAACUUUCAAGGCACUCCUAAACAAAGUACGAAAUGGUGUUGACUUGAGUGAUGCAGAGUGGCAUGAUUUGAUUCGCCCUAAGAAGCUUCCCCCUAACGCUUUUCCUAUUCGUCUCAUGGCAAGACGAUUUGAUGUUGAUAGGUUCAAUUAUUCUCAAUUGAAUUUGUUACAAUCAGAAGCCAAGUUCUGGGAAGCCUACGACGAUUCGUGUAAACUGUUUGAACAAGACCACGACUACCUGCGUCAGCUCGAGAUUAAAGCUAAGUCGGAGAAAUAUAAAAUUGCCAUAUCGGAAUAUCAUCGCUUUCCCCCCAAGUUGACGCUAAAGGUUGGUGCUAAAGUAGUUUUGCUUCAAAAUCAAGGGCAAAAAAUCGGCUUGGUAAAUGGUUCUCAAGGAACAAUAGUUGGGUUCGCAAAUGCGAAAGAGUGGCGAGCAGAUGUCCAAGGCGAAGACUAUGCCGAUUGGCGACAAUUGCAAAUGCAACGUUUUGUUGAAAAAAAUUCUUGGAGACCUGUUGUGAAGUUUGCAAAUGGGAUAACGGCAGCGAUUUCACCGGUUGCAUCAGAGAGUUUAAUGGGAACGGCAGAAGAUAGAUAUCUUGCUUGCAGAACUCAAAUACCACUUAUCCUCGCCUGGGCUUUGUCAAUUCAUAAAAGUCAAGGUAUGACAAUGGAGCAUGUUGAGGUAUCAAGGAAGGAUAUUUUUGAGUCGGGUCAAUUAUAUGUUGCUUUAUCACGAGCAACGACGUUGGAGGGUCUCACGGUUACGGGUUACUCUAGGGAACAAAUCGCUAUGGAUGAGGAGGUUGUGAACUUUUAUCAAAAGACGCAGUGGGAGAAUUUACAACCUCCUCCUGAAUGA